GAGACAAGUUAAGCCCCUCCAGCUUUUCAGUAGUGGAUCUGAACUGAAGGGGGACCAGAGUGAGACCUGCAGGAUCUGAUCAGAGCUCAAAGAUGGCCAGCUGUAAAGGAUGUGGACCAGGAUACAGCAGCCCACUGGACGCCAUGAAGGGUCCUCGGGAGCAGAUUGUCUACCUGCCCUGUAUCUACAGGAACACUGAGGUCCUGAAACCAGACUACCUGGCCACCGUGGACGUGGACCCUGAGUCGCCCACGUUCUGCCAGGUGAUCCACCGGCUGCCGAUGCCAAACCUUCGUGACGAGCUUCAUCAUAGCGGCUGGAACGCCUGCAGCAGCUGCUUCGGUGACACCACCAAGAAACGAAACCGUCUGAUUCUGCCAUCGCUCAUCUCCUCCAGAAUCUACGUGGUUGAUGUCGGCACCAACCCGAGAGCGCCGCAGAUGCACAAGAUGGUGGAGCCCAUCGAUGUGUUCUGGAAGUGUGGCCUAGCGAACCCUCACACCACCCACUGUCUGGCUAACGGUCAGAUCAUGAUCAGCUGUAUGGGAGACACGCAGGGCAACAACAAGGGUGGCUUCAUCCUUCUGGAUGGCGAGACGUUUGAGGUGGUCGGUAACUGGGAGCAUCCGGGUGAAGCGGCGUCUUUUGGAUACGACUUCUGGUACCAGCCUCGUCACAACGUGAUGAUCAGCACUGAGUGGGGGGCGCCCAAAGCCCUGAAUGGUGGUUUUAAUCCAGCUCAUGUUAAGGAUGGUCUCUACGGCACCUCCCUCACCAUUUGGGACUGGACCACCCACAGGAAGCUGCAGACCCUGGAUUUGGGGGAGGAGGGAGCUAUCCCUCUUGAGAUCCGCUUCCUGCAUGAGCCCAGUGCCACAGAGGGAUAUGUAGGAUGUGCUCUGCAAGGAAACGUCUUCAGGUUUUACCAAACAGCGAAAGGAGACUGGACCGCAGAGAAGGUGAUCAGUGUUCCCAGUAAGAAGGUGGAGGGCUGGAUGCUACCUGACAUGCCCAGUCUUAUCACAGACAUCCUGAUCUCAUUGGAUGAUCGUUUCCUCUACUUCAGUAAUUGGCUGCACGGUGACAUCAGACAGUAUGACAUCACAGACAGGAGGAAGCCCCGAUUGGUUGGCCAGGUGUUCCUGGGAGGAAGUCUUGUCAAUGAUGGUCCGGUCAAAGUCCUGAAAGACCCCGAGAACCAGCCGCAGCCCCCCCCACGCAUCAUCCAGGGUAAGCGUGUCCCUGGAGCUCCUCAGAUGUUACAGUUGAGUCUGGAUGGUCUCAGACUUUAUGUGACCACGUCUCUGUACAGCGGCUGGGACAAACAGUUCUACCCCGACAUGAUCAGGGAGGGGUCUGUGAUGAUGCAGGUGGAUGUGAACACGGUGACAGGAGGUCUCACUCUGAAUGAAAACUUCCUGGUGGAUUUCGGUAAAGAGCCUGACGGUCCGGUGUUGGCUCAUGAGCUCAGGUAUCCUGGAGGAGACUGUACGUCUGACAUCUGGCUGUAACACACCUGGACACACACCUGAGAGGAUUCCUCUUCAUGUAACUGUUUAUAAAUCAGAGCAUUAAUGUAGGUAGAGAAUAGAGAGUCAUGUUCUCUUUAAUGACACUUUGAAUUAAUAAUCUCACUUUGUUGUAUUCAAACCAUUUAUGAAAUAUUAAAAUCAUUUACAGAACAAA